AUGUCGGCCCAUGCCUCGUCGUGUGGGCCUCCGGCUGCGAUGCCGCGCGAGAUCGUCACCAUCCAGCUCGGUCCGCAGGCCUCGUGGGUGGGAGCGCACUUUUGGAACUUCCAGGACGACUCGCUGCACCCAGAGAUGGCCGCCGACGGCUCGCCUGACCCCGACGCCGCCGACCCGGCGGUGCUCUACCGCUCCGGCGGCGGCGAGCGGCAGAGCACGCGCACGCCGCGGCUGGUGGUGUGCGACCGAUCCGACGGCUUCGGUUCGCUGGGUGCGCAGGGCCGGCGCGUGCCGACGGCGGGCUCUUCCUGUAGCGGCGGGCAGGGAGGCGAGCCGCCACCGGUCGACCCGCUCGCAUGGGGCGGCGGCGUGACGACGGUGACGAUGGAGGCGGUGGAGCCGUCGCCCUUUGUGGAGGAGGGAGGGAGCGCGCCGAGCGCGGCGGCCUUUGAUUUCGAGGCGACCGCCGCGUACUGGUCCGACUACCUCCAGGCGCAGCUUCACUCCCGCUCGGUGGCGCCGCUGCGGCCGCACAGCCACAACUUUUCGCAGCUCGAGCUCUGGUCCGAGGGCGAGUCGCUGAUGAGGCGCGAGGAGGCGGCGCUCGACGGCGACUCGCCCGCCCUGCUCGAGCGGACGCGCCGCUUCCUCGAGGAGUGCGACAAGCCGCAGGGCUUCCUCCUCCUCGCCGACGUCGACGGCGCUCCUCGAGCCCGCCUCCGCGUCGCAGGCGCCUUCGGCGGCCUCGGCUCCGCCCUGCUCACGCGGAUCCGAGACGAGAUGAGCGCCGCGCCUUGCCUCGCCCUCGGCCUCGGCACGUGCCCCGCGCCGCAGCCGCACCCGCAGCCGCACACGGCCUGCGUCGCCGCGCUGAACGACGCCCUCGCCCUCACCGCCUUCGGCGAGCUGCGCAGCUGCUACGUGCCUCUCGUGGGGCACGCCUCCGCGGCCGACCCGCCGCGGCCGCCGCUCGUCCGCCCCGCCUCUCCGAGCGCCGCCCGCCCGUGCCGCUACACCACCUCCGCCCUGCCCGCCGCGUGGCUCGACGUCGCGAGCCUGCCGCUCCGCACGCGCGGAGAGAGCCGGGGCGGCCUCACGCGGCUGCUGGGAGGGCUGCAGGUAGAGCCGACUGGCCGGAGGGCGUGGUCACUGCCUUCGGGCGGAGUCUUCUCGCCCACGGCUCUCCUCUGCCCGCUCGCGCCGUGGCAGCUGCCGCCGCUCCGCGCGAUCGCCUUCUCGCAGAGCGUCAGCUGCCUCGGCUUCCCGCCGCAGCCCCUCGCCGCCGUGAGCGUCAUCCCGCCCCUGCUGCCCUGCCGCUCGAGCAUGAACUCGAGCCCUGCGAUUGGGCCGCUGGUGCAGCGGGUGGCGGAGGAGUGGGCGGCGCAGCGCCGCGCCGCCGAGCAUCGCCUCGCGGCCGAGUGGGGCGCCGACGAGCUCGCGGAGGUCACCGAGGACCUACUGGCUCUGCGCGACGCCUACGCCACGGGCGACGCCGACGGCUCCGAGUCGAACGGCAGCGAAGAUUGA